AUGAUAUAAUAGAUUAAAUAUUACAAUAAAUUAGAAAAAUUUUUAAACUCUUCACUUUUAUCUCAUUAGGUUCUCUGUCUUGAUCUGAAUGGCAAUUUAAUCGGUGAUAAAGGUGCAUCAGGCUUAGGUUCUGGUUUAGCAAAAUGCAUUAAUCUCUCAAAUUUGACACUUUAACUUGAUAACAAUUAAAUUGGUGCUAUGGGCGCAUCAGGCUUAAGUUCUGCUUUAGCAAAGUGCAUUAAUCUCUCAAAUUUGACACUUGAUCUUAGUGGCAAUUAAAUUGGUGCAACGGGUGCAUCAGGCUUAGGUUCUGGUUUAGCAAAUUGCAUUAAUCUCUCAAAUUUGACACUUUAACUUUAUGACAAUUUAAUUGGUGCAAUGGGUGCAUCAGGCUUAGGUUCUGGUUUAGCAAAUUGCAUUAAUCUCUCAAAUUUGACACUUUAACUUUUUGGCAAUUAAAUUGGUGCAAUGGGUGCAUCAGGCUUAGGUUCUGAUUUAGCACAUUGCAUUAAUCUCUCAAAUUUGACACUUUACCUUGAGUAAACAGUUUAUUUGUUUUGGACUAUGAUAUUUUAAACUAUAAAAACUAAUUAAAACAAAAAAUCUCUUUGA